CACUGCUCUUCAGCACCAGGGUUCUGGACAGCGCCCCGAGCAGGCAGCUGCCACUGCAGUUCCUCCUUCAUCUCUGCCAAGGCCGCCCCUCUGGUCCCCCCUGCUGCUGAGAAAGAAAAUUACAUCGGGAGCCAUGCAGCCCGCAAUGAUGAUGUUUUCCAGUAAAUACUGGGCCAGGAGAGGGUUGUCCUUGGAUUCUGCUGUGCCAGAAGAUCAUCAGCUACUUGGCAGCUUAACACAAAAUAAGGCUAUCAAAAGCGAGGACAAGAAAAGCGGCAAAGAGCCCGGCAAAGGCGACACCACAGAGAGCAGCAAGACAGCGGUAGUGUUCUCCUUGAAGAAUGAAGUUGGUGGGCUGGUGAAAGCACUUAGACUAUUCCAGGAAAAACAUGUCAACAUGCUUCAUAUCGAAUCCAGGAGGUCCCGACGAAGAAGUUCUGAAGUCGAAAUCUUCGUGGACUGCGAAUGUGGCAAAACGGAAUUCAAUGAGCUCAUCCAGUUGCUGAAAUUUCAGACCACCAUUGUGACCCUGAAUCCGCCUGAGAGCAUUUGGACGGAGGAAGAAGAUCUCGAGGAUGUGCCGUGGUUCCCUCGGAAGAUCUCUGAGUUAGACAGAUGCUCUCACCGAGUCCUCAUGUACGGCACCGAGCUUGAUGCCGACCAUCCAGGAUUUAAGGACAAUGUCUAUCGACAGAGGAGGAAGUAUUUUGUGGAUGUGGCCAUGGGCUAUAAAUAUGGUCAGCCCAUUCCCAGGGUCGAGUACACAGAAGAAGAGACUAAAACUUGGGGUGUUGUGUUCCGGGAGCUCUCCAAACUCUACCCGACUCAUGCUUGCCGGGAGUACCUGAAAAACCUCCCCCUGCUGACCAAGUACUGUGGCUACAGGGAAGACAACGUGCCGCAACUGGAAGACGUCUCCAUGUUUCUGAAAGAGCGAUCUGGCUUCACAGUGAGACCAGUGGCUGGCUACCUGAGCCCAAGAGACUUCCUGGCGGGCCUGGCCUACAGAGUAUUCCACUGCACCCAGUACGUGCGGCAUGGCUCCGACCCCCUCUACACCCCGGAACCAGAUACAUGCCAUGAACUCUUGGGACACGUGCCACUGCUUGCGGAUCCCAAGUUUGCUCAGUUUUCCCAAGAGAUAGGCUUAGCGUCUCUGGGAGCCUCAGAUGAGGACGUUCAGAAACUAGCCACGUGCUAUUUCUUCACAAUCGAGUUCGGCCUUUGCAAGCAAGAGGGUCAACUGCGGGCGUAUGGAGCAGGGUUACUUUCGUCCAUCGGAGAAUUGAAGCAUGCUCUUUCCGACAAGGCGUGUGUGAAAUCCUUUGACCCAAAGACGACCUGCUUGCAGGAAUGCCUAAUCACCACCUUUCAGGACGCUUACUUUGUUUCGGACAGUUUUGAAGAAGCCAAAGAAAAGAUGAGGGACUUUGCAAAGUCAAUUACCCGUCCCUUCUCGGUAUACUUCAACCCCUACACGCAGAGCAUUGAAAUUCUGAAAGACACCAGAAGUAUUGAGAAUGUGGUGCAGGACCUGCGCAGUGAUUUGAACACAGUGUGUGAUGCCUUGAAUAAAAUGAACCAAUAUCUGGGGAUUUGAUGCCUAGAACCAGAGUUAUUGUCAGCAUGAGCUCUUGGGGGGUGUAGCAACAAUGCAGUCAAUGUUAUCCAACAUCAACAACUUUCUGUGUCAUGGUUGGCUAGUAAGCAUGCAAUUCUGUAUGUCCAUACCUCUGUGUAACUUAAUAACACAAAAAUGCUCUAAAGAACCCAUGCAGAUAACCACUCACCAUUUGAAAGAUUGUGAUCCUAUUUGGACAUCUCAAGUAGAGUUGACAUUUCUGAUUAGCGAACAAACUGUUAACUUAAGCAAACUGUGACUUUGAAAUCUGUAGCAAACAUUCCUCGCACAAUUCCAGUCGGUGAGUUGUGGAACUUUUCUUCCUUGGACCUGAGACUUUCCUCUGUGUUCAUUAGAUAAAAUGAAAAUAGUUGGGAGGUGGUUUCUAUUUUCAAUAGUAUCCGUGUUAUUUGAGAUAAACUAGAGUUGCUCCACGCUUUGCAUCACAGCAACAAAGGAUUUAAUAUUCUACUUCAGAAGCUGUUCAGAAACACAGCAGUUGGGAUGGAUGUAGACUGAGUGUUCAGACAAUGCAAGCAAAGAAAAGUUUUGAUAAACAGGAUAUAUAGGUUGUACUGACCUCGUUGAAACCAAUUUGUGGCAAGCUUCCUGAAGAGCUUCUGGAAGGAAACACUUGAACAAAGAAUAUUCGGGAAGCUUAAACAGAAGGGAUGAAAAUCUUGGAACUGUGAAUGUAUUGUUAGGAUAGAGUGAAUUAUCACUGCAGGCUUUUGACUCCUUUUGCUUAGACUGAGAACCUCAAAUCCCACAGGGAUGUAAAUACCAUCUCUGAUUCCAAAGAGUUGGAGACGGAGUCGUAGAGAAACAAAGGGAUUUGCUUCAGUUAGGUCUGAUGAGAUGUGCCAUGGUCAUAAGCCACUGCCCUUUUAUGUUGGACAUCUGACAAGUCUACUGUAGUGUACAUGCAUGUUUAUGUAUUGACACAGAAAGAAAAUUAUUGCUUAUAAAAUGAAUGCUUCUCAAUAAACAGAAUCUUGCCCCCAA